AAUCCCUUUGGAAGGAUGGACCUUUGGGCGUACCUGAGCGGCAUUCGGAAGGAGGCUCAGGGUGCCUAUAAAAAGAACCUGCCAAGGCGGCACUCGUUGUCAAUCGCUCACAGCGUACGCAGAAGCACAAGAGAAAAAAUGAAGUCAGCGCCUCUUCUCCUGUUGGUCGUGGUGGCCGUGGUCGCAUCGCUCGCAGAAGGGGCGCCUUCGCCCCCGAGCAGGAGCCAGGUGGAGAGCAUCCCUGCCGAGAAGCACACGGGCGGUGCCAAGGAGAAGCGAGGCGCGCUGGUGCUGGGCUCGUACGGCGGCUACCCAGCAUACUACCCGUCCUACUACCACUACUCCUACUCUUACCCCUACUCCUACCCCUACGCCUACACGUACCCCUACGGAUACCACCCGUCUUACUACUACUACGGCUGAGCUGAGCACCGCACCCUGGCCGCCCUCCCCUCCGAGCAGAGUGCCCUCCGCUUCCGAGGAGAGGGGAGGUGAAGAGGGCGACCCUCACCCCCUCCGACUGUUGAUUGAUUCGGACUGUUGAUUGAGAAAACGUUUCGCCGCACCGAGCUCAAUAUUUAUGCAUUAGAUUAGCGUGUCGCUUAUAGUGAUUGCCCCUUGACCCUUUCCUGAACCCCCCUCCCCUGAUUGCUGUUGUAUCAUACACGAAAGAUAUAAAAGGAACACAAACAAAGAUCACAGCCAGUACGCACAAUAAAAGAUGCCAGUUAUGAGCACGUAAAA